AAUGUAGAAAAACUCAGCUGCAUGUUUUAUGCAAAAGCCAGAUAAAUAGUUCUAUUACAAUUUAUUAAGGUAAGAACAAUUGAUUCAAGCAAAGCCAGAAAUUGAUAUUGUAAAUCAAGCUGUCCAAAUGUAUAGGUAAUAUUUAUGAAAAAUUUAUUAGAAAAUGUGUUGAGUAUUUCGAUAGUCUAUAAGACCCUAUUAAAUAUUAUUUCUUAGAGAAAAUUUAAACUGCUUUAAGUGAAACUAAAACCUUGAUGUUAAUUAUGAAUACAAAAAAUGAUGUAGCUGAGUAAUCAACAAGAAAACCUCCAAAAAUUAGUUUCACAGCUGAAAAAAAACUUACCAAUGAGAUUGAUUAAACUUAAAUUAAAAAAGCAAGAGUUUAAUAAGUGAAUUUAAUGAUUAAAAUUAAUAAUGAAGCUGAAUAAUAAAGUUUAGAUGUAAAUCAAACUAUUUAAUAAAGGUGUAAAAUAUGGUGAAUAAUUAUGCUGACGAGAGAGAAAAUUUAGAAAAAAAAUUAAAGUAAGAUUUAGAUAGCCAAUAAACUAAUAUUGAUGCAAGAUUAAUGAAACGAAGAAUGACGUAGAGAAAUAUGACUGUAAGCCAUUCUAUGUAAUAAUUAACUUGAUU